UCACAUUCUGUUCUUCAUCUAAUCGUAAUGGAAGGUGAAGAAAAUCUAUUCAAACAUCUUCUACUAGAAAACGAUGAUGAUUUGGCAGAAGAAAUAAAAAAUAUUACUGGGUAUGAAUUCAAAGAUCAACAUCUAUUAGUACAAGCCUUUACUCAUCAUUCUUACGUAGAAAAUUGCGAAUCAUCGUACGAGAGGCUUGAAUACGUUGGUGAUUCUGUACUCAAUCUCAUGGUUGCUGAAGAACACUAUCUUUUGUACCCGGAUUUACAACCCGGCGAUUUGACCCGAUUACGAGCUGCCAAUGUUGACACAGAGAAGCUUGCACGAGCGGCUUUGAAACACCAGUUGCACAAAUUUCUACGCCAUAAUAAACCUAUACUUGCUGGACAAAUUAAGGAAUUUGAGGAAGCAGUCGUGAAAUAUCCUUUGCAUUCAUGGGGACUAAUUGAUGUGCCAAAAGCUCUUGCAGACAUUGUCGAAUCUUUCAUCGGGGCAAUAUAUAUCGACUCCAACAGAUCGAAGGACUUAACCAACAAGGUACAAAUUAGGAUUUCUAAUUCUCAACAAAACCUUCAUGCAAUCGCGUUGCAGAUAGCAAAGGAUUUGUUACGGCCAAUGAUCACUCCAGAAUCGAUCCAGAUGCAUCCAGUAACAAUGCUAUAUGAAAUAUGCCAAAACAAAGGUUGGAAAGUUCACAUAAAAGAUAUGUGGAGUAAAAAAACUGGUGAAAUUCAAGUUUUUGUGGAUGGAAAAUUUGCUGGAGAGGGAAGGUACGAAGGCAAGAAAUUUAUUGCCGUUAAUAGAGCAGCACACGAUGCAAACCAGCAGAUUGUAAGAAGGCUUGCUCAAGAAAAUACACAGUGCACAUCCUCUCCAAGUUGCCACCUCUAGACGACUCUUUGUUAAGGUUCUUGAAUAGCAAUUGAAUCUAAUUAAUAUGUCACACUUGUAUACGCAAUAUAAGUCUAGACGACUCUAAAAGUUGU